CCCUCCUGACCCAUGUGUUUUUUUUUUUUUUUUUUUUUUUUUUGAGACAGAGUUCACUCUUGUUGCCAAGGCUGGAGUGCAAUGGCACGAUCUCGGCUCAUGGCAACCUCCGCCUCCUGGGUUCAAGCGCUUUUCCUGCCUCAGCCUCCCGAGUAGCUGGGAUUACAGGCGUGCACCACCAUGCCUGGCUAAUUUUGUAUUUUUAGUAGAGACAGGGUUUCUCCAUAUUGGUCAGGCUGGUCUUGAACUCCUGACCUCAGAUGAUCCGCCCGCCUCGGCCUCCCACAGUGCUGGGAUUACAGGCAUGAGCCACCACGCCCAGCCCUGACCCAUGUUUUGAACCAAAUUCCAGCCACCCUUUUAUCUGCAAGCAUUUUGGAGGGCAUCGCAAUACUGCAGACCCACCUAACACAACAGACAAUUCCUUCAUGCCACCGAAGGCCUGGUGUGUUCACAUUUUUGGUUUAAUAGUUUGAAUUAAGAGCCAAAUAAGGUCCACACACUGCAAUUAGUUGACGUCUUUUUUUUUUUUUUUUUUUUUUUUUUUUGAGACGGAGUCUUGCUCUUGUCUGCAGGCCGCAGUGCAGUGGCAUGAUCUCAGCUCACCGCAACCUCCGACUCCCUGGUUCAAGCGAUUCUCCUGCCUCAGCCUCCCGAGUACCUGGUAGCUGGGUUUACAGGCGUGCACCACCGUGCCCAGCUAAUUUUUGUAUUUUUAGUAGAGACGGGGUUUUACCGUGUUGGCCAGGAUGGUCUCGAUCUCCUGACCUCGUGAUCUGCCCACGUCGGCCUCCCAAAGUGCUGGGAUUACAGGUGUGAGCCACCACACCCGGCCAAUGUCUUUUAAAAAUAUAUACGUUUUUGUUUUUGUUUUUGUUUUUUGAGACGGAGUUUCGCUCUUGUUGCCCAGGCUGGAGUGCAGUGGCGCGAUCUCAGCUCACGGCAACCUCCGCCUCCCGGGUUCAAGUGAUUCUCCUGCCUCAGCCUCUCCAGUAGCUCGGAUUACAGGCAUGUGCCACCAUGCCUGGCUAAUUUUGUAUUUUUAGGAGAGACGGGGUUUCUCCACGUUGGUGAGGCUGGUCUCAAACUCCUGACCUCAAGUGAUCCGCCUGCCUUGGCCUCCCAAAGUGUUGGGAUUACAGGUGUGAGCCAGCGUGCCCAGACAAAAAUAUAUAUGUGUCUUUAAGGCUGGUCAAGCAAAGCAUUGGGACUGGAGAAAGAAUGAAGAAUUCUACCUGGCUGUGAUCAAUUCGUUGUGAACACCACUGUGCUUGGACCAGCUAGCUGAUGUCUUUUGUUUUGUUUUGUUUGAGACGGAGUCUGGCUCUGUCACCCAGGCUGGAGGACAAUGGUGUGAUCUCGGCUCACUGCAGCCUCCACCUCCCGGGUUCAAGCGAUUCUCCUGCCUCAGCCUCCUGAGUAGCUGGGAUUAGAGGCGCGUGCCACCACGCCCGGCUAAUUUUUAAAAAUAUUUUUAGUAGAGAUGGGGUUUCACCAUGUUGGUCAGGCUGGUCUUGAACUCUUGGCCUUAGGUGAUCUGCUUGCCUCGGCCUCCCGAAGUGCUGGGAUUACAGGUGUGAGUGAUGCAUUUUAUUUAUUUAUUUAUUUAUUAUUAUUAUUUGAGAUGGAGUCUCACUCUGUUGCCCAGGCUGGAGUGCAGCCGUGCCAUCUCGGCUCACUGCAAGCUCCGCCUCCUGGGUUCACGCCAUUCUCCUGCCUCAGCCUCCCGAGUAGUCUGGACUGGUGCCCGCCACCAUGCCCAGCUAAUUUUUUGUAUUUUUAGUAGAGACGGGGUUUCACCGUGUUAGCCAGGAUGGUCUGGAUCUCCUGACCUCGUGAUCCGCCCGCCUCGGCCUCCCAAAGUGCUGGGACUACAGGCGUGAGCCACCGCCUGUCUUUUAAGUGUCCGAUGAUGCCUAGGAGCUUCCCUUCCUCUCUUUUUCCUUGUGCAAUUUGUUGAAGAAACUGGCUCCUGCAGCCUGGAUUUCUCGCUGUGUCUUGGGGGUGCCACCUCCAUGGUGUCACCUCCGUGGUGCUGUGAGUGUGUCCUUCGUGUUUCUUGUAAAUUGGUCAUUGGAGCCGACAUCCCAUUGUCCCAGAGGUUGUCCUGGCUGGCACUGACCUAGGUGUAGAUGUCAUCAGCUCAGGGCCCCCUGCUCUAAAGGCCACUUCUGGUGCUGGUUGCCACUCACCCUGGCUGGGGGUCACCUGGGUCUGCUGCUGUCUCGCAAAUGCUGGGGUCCAGGACUGGGCACAUCGAGGGACUUGGUAGGUGCUUGGUUCACUGAUGUAAAAUAUAGGAGCACCCGGGGCCUUGCCCUUUCCCACCCGCAUCCCUGAAUGACAGGAGAGUGUGGGAGAGUGUAGGGGCAGGAGGGGCAGACCCCGGGGCCCCUGCCUGGGAUUGGCGUCGGGGAAGACAGGCAUUCUGGAGCGACCCCUAGGCCUGAUGCCUUAGAGCGCAACUGCCAGAGACACAGCUUCCUUGGGGGGCUGGCCAGGCCACGGAGGGGCCCCUGGCUCCCAUUUCUGGUCCCUGGAUCCUGAGAGCGAGGACUAGGGAUUGUCACCAAGGCCUCCAUGAGCCCUCAGCGGAAGGAGGGCCACCCUCGAGGGCUCCGUUAUCACUGGAGCCCGCGUUCAACCAACACGCAGAUGAUUCUCCAAGGACAGAGAUGGAUGAUGGGGAGGGGGCUGGCCUGGAAGGACCCCCAGUGCAGGUGACAUUGAAGCCAGGUUUCAAAGCUCCCACAGGGAGCUGCCCAGAGAGAGUCCCCAAGGGGCAAGGUGACUCGGGGGCAGGGGUAGGGCCUCUGUCAGGAGAGCCUAGGAGAGGCCCGUGUCUUCUAGGAAGAGCCCUGGCAGCAGAGCGGAGGCAGUGAUGAGGACCUGCAUCCUGCAUGUCCAGCUGGCCUCACCCGGGGUCCCUGAGCCGGGUCUUACGUGGCUCCCGCACUCGGGCGUUCAGAAUGUGCCUGCGUGAGAAACGGUAGUUUCUUUAUUAGACAUGGGUGCAAACUCGCCAAACUUGUGGACAAAAAUGUGGACAAGAAGUCACACGCUCACUCCUGUACGCGAUUGCCGGCAGGGGUGGGGGAAGGGAUGGGGAGGCUUUGGUUGUGUCUGCAGCAGUUGGGAAUGUAGGGCACCCGAGCUCCCACACUGCAGAGGCGACUGUGGAGACAGAGAGCACCUGCAGGUCAUCCAUGCAGUAUCGGCUUGCAUCCAGAUCAUACAGGGAACACUAUGAUUCAACAACAGACAGGGACCCCGUUUAAACAUGGACAAGGGGUCACUCACGCCUGGAAUCCCAGCAGUUUGGGAGGCCAGGGUGGGUGGAUCGCUUGAGCCCAGGAGUUUCACACCAGCCUGGGCAACAGGGUGAGACCCCGGUCUCUAAAAAAUAAAAGAACAUUGGCCGGGCGUGGUGGUAUGCAUCUGUGGUCCCAGCUAUUCAGGAGACUGAGGUGGGACAUCACUUGAGCCGAGGAGAUCAAGGCUGCAGUGAGCUGUGAUCACACCACUGCACUCCAGGCUGGGUCACAGAGCAAGACCCUGUCUCAAAAAAAAAAAAAAAAAAAAAAAAUCACAGGAUCUGAACAGAGAUUUCUCCAAAGAAGACGCACAGAUGGCCAACAGCGUGUGAGAAGAUGGUCGGCCUCAUUAGUCAUGAGGGAAACGGAAAUCAAAACCACUGUCCAGCCGGGCGCAGUGCCUCACGCCUGUAAUCCCAGCACUUUAGGAGAGCAGAUGGCUUGAGGCCAGGAGUUUGAGGCCAGCCUGGGCAACAUAGCGAGACCAAUAAAUAGAUAUUAGUGGUGGUGCCUGUAGUCCCAGCUAGUUGGGAGGCUGAGGGGGGAGGAUUCCCUGAGUCUAUGAGGUUGAGACUGCAGUUAGCUGUGAUGGUGCCACUGCACUCCAGCCUGGGCGACUAGGAAACGGUCUUUAAAAAAAAAACAAAACAAAACAGGGUGGGCGCGGUGGUUCACGCCUGUAAUCUCAGCACUUUGGGAGGCCAAGGUGGGGGGAUCACAAGGUCAGGAGUUUGACCAGCCUGACCAACAUGGUGAAACCCCGUUCUACUAAAAAUACAAAAAUUAGCGAGGUGUGGUGGUGGGCGCCUGUAAUCCCAGCUAAUUAGGAGGCUGAGGCAGGAGAAUCACUUGAACCUGGGAGGCGGAGGUUGCAGUGAGCCAAUAUCACACCAUUACACUCUAGCCUGGUCAACAGAGCGAGACUCUGUCUCAAAAAAAAAAAAAAAAAAUGCUGAGCAUGGUGGCGCAUGCCUGUAGUCUCAGCUACUUUGGGGGCUGAGGCAGGAGAAUCGCUUGAACCUGGGAGGCAGAGGUUGCAGUGAGGCAAGAUUGCACCAUUGCACCCCAGCCUGGGAGACAGAGUGAAACUCUGUCUCAAAAAGAAAAGGUCUAGGAAGAGUCCACACCCUCUCCCCGCCGUGGCCACGCCGGGCCCCGCGCUGAGCCCUCUGUGUUCUUGUCUCUCCAUACCUCAUCACGGCACUGCAGGGUUGCAGCCACUCCUGGUCUCAUUUUACAGACCAGGAAAUUGAGGCUCUGAGAAGCCGUGGUGGAGAUGAUUUCAUCAGCAUGCUCUGGGGCAGACCCCUGGAGCCGCACAGGGUGCCUGGGGCCCACACUAGUGCCCUGGUUUAUAGACAGAGGUGGCAGUGGCGCUUCCGAGUCGGGCUGGGAUGUGCUUGCACUCCCCGAGGGGCUGAGGGGCCGAGGGGCCCUGCGCCCAGGUGCAGCUGCUUGGGUGCUGCCAGCCCCUCCCACCUCUCCCUCCCUGGCUCAUCCCUGCUGUGUCCCUUCCCUCUAGUUUCCUGUUCAGUUUCAGGAAGGAGGCUGGGAACCCAGAUGUAGGGAAUUUGCGCCCUGGAGUCAGACCUGGGUUCACGUCCCAGCACCUCCACUUCUGGUGUGACCUUGGUCCAGUCUCUCAGCCUCAGUUUCCUCACCUGUAAAGUGGGCUCCAUGAUUAGAUGCACCCUGCAGGGCAGUGUAGCAGUGACCUGGCUCAGCCACUGGCAGCCCCAACAAUCAUAACUUGUUAAAGUAGCUCUGUCGGUUCCCUCAGGGGUUCCAGGGGCGCAUUCCCCUGUCCUCCAUGCACUGUGAGACCUGCCCUGCCACAGAGCAGAGUGUAACAGCCUGAGGGUGAGAGCCAGGCACUGUGCCUGUGCUUAGACCGGACACUGGACGACGGGAGCCAGUGCAGCCUGGGCGGGUGGACUCCUAUGGACCCCUCAGCACCCAGCCUCGGUGGCUUCAGCGCAGGGCCGCGUGGCUGUGGGGGCUCACAAGACCCGGCCCACUCCUGCUUGUGCCUACAUCUGGGUGUUUGCCCAUUGGUGCCUUUUGACGCGUUCUGGUGUGUGUGAGACGUGCGGGGCUGGGAAGUGUUGGCAGAGCCGCGAGUACCGUCCUCACUCCUUUUGUUCUUUUGACGUAAGCUGGCGAGUGGCACUGCCUGAGUUCCGCUCAGUGCCCGCCCUGAGCGGGCAUCCUUGCUGUUAGGUGGUGGCGGUGUGCGCUGUCGCUGGUGGGCACCGAGAGCCUUUGGGAGCUUUGGGGAGGUUGUGCCAAGCUUGAGCCUCGACGUCCCCCUUCCCGGCUUUCUGUUGGCUCUUCUGAGGCCAGGGCAUCUCUGUGAGGGCCUCCUGCUGGAGCCAUCUCUGUGGAUCUCCUCUGCCAUCCUGGCCCACGUGUGGGUGAUGCGCUGGCCACCAUCUGGUGACAGUGGCCGGGCACCGCUGCCAAAUGUGGGUCCCGCAUCUGCAAGCCCCUCCCUGGGUCCCCUAGGGUAUGGGGUGGUUCUGCCACUGCCCUCGCUCCCCCACCUUGGGGUGCCUCUCCCCCUGCUCGUGGGGGAGACCCUGCCUGGGAUCUGCUUUCCAGCGAGGAAUAUACUUUGGAGGGAGACACACGUGUUCUUUUCCGGAGCUCUGCAGUGGCCACGGCAGCCCAGCCCGCCAAGCACCCUGGAAUGAAAACAUCCCGCUGCCGUCUGGGCCUGGCCUGCACUCUGCUGCCUGCGCUCCAGCUGGCUGAGGCCGGGCACGUCUGCGGGCACAGCGGCGGGGGCGCCACAGUCUCCCUGCAGAGUGAGCGCAGCUGGAAAAUGCAGCUCACGCCCUUUCCCAGAACACCUCGCUCUUCAUGGCUUGGCAGCUGUCCUCGCCUAGGGGCCGGGGUGCCCAGGCACUGGUGGCAGGAGAAGGGCUCCAUCUGGGGCUGAGGCGGGCUGGGUCCUUUUCUCCCUGCAGCUCCCGAGGCCCAGCCCUGGCCCAGCCUGGCGUUCCUGACCUUAGGAGCGCCAUGAUCUGAAGACAGGCUGGCUUCUGUGAGGCCACCUCGGAAAGGGCUUUGUGCCCAGGCAGAGGCGGAAGCCAGCUCUUCCUUCUGGUUGAGGCAGGAAUGAGGCCAGCGCUGGGGCAAGCCCAUGCCCAGGGAACGUCACAGCUGUGGGAGUACAGGGGCUCCGGGUUCUGAGCCCGUCCACUGUGCAUCGUGGCCCUGGCCUCAGGAUGGCUCAUGCCAUCAUUGGCUGUGCCCACAGCCGAGUGGGUGAUGGGAUUCCGGCUGCCCCGCUGGAUCUGUGCCGCUGCCCUCUCCAGGGCACUGCUGUGCCUGCACAGCCGGGCGCAGAUGGCCAGUUUGCUUGCCGCCCCCCCCCCCACCCGCUUCCUAACUUGGCUUCCUCCAUUGACACACUGGACCCUGCUGGCUGCCCGGGGAGGUGUUUGGGGGAUGGUGUUGGGGGAGGAGGAGGGCCCCUUGAGCCUCAGUGUGCCCAGCCUCAGUGUGCCCAUCAGGAGCAUAGGGCCAGUGCAGCACCUGCCCACACAGGCUGUGAAGGGUGGGAGUGGAGAGGGAUGCAAGGGGGUCGCAACGCCUGGCUCCAUGUCAGCUGCGUGCAGGGGCACCAGGAGCCGGCCCUCAUUCUCCCCUUGAACUGGAAGGGUGGCCCCGACCCCAGCGGCAGGUGGCAUACGUAUGAAGCGCUCUCCUUCCUACACCCCACAGGUGGGCUCGUCUCCAAACGGCCCUUUUUGAGCUGGCUGUGUUUUUCCAUCAGUGUAGGCAAGGACAUCGCAGACUCCCCUUUCUCGUCUCCCUCGUUCGGCCUCCGAGGCCGGAGUCUCCAUCCCUGUGCCUGCCUGUGGGUCCCGGGAGGACCCGAGGCUGCCCAUGUCACCCCCGGCGUCUCAUCCUGGGGACAGUUCAGCCGUGGGAGGGAUCUGUAAGGACAGAAUGCCGCUGAGCCUGGGGCUCCCCGGCUAGUCUCACACCCCGUGUCUGGGACCCAGAGACCCUCGUGCAGGGCUCUGUUGCCUGGGGCCUGGCAGCCUCGUCCUCUAUCAGAGGCUGCAACCCCCACCCCUCGUGGGGCCAGGGUUGUGGCCGGCCUCCCUGGCCCUCCCCAUGGAAGUGGUAGGCGGAGCCAGCAGCCGUCUGCCCAGCCCGGGGCUGCACUGUUUUUUUUCAAAUGAGCACCGUCCCAAACUGCAGCCCAUUAAUUUAAACAGGAUCAUUUCCGGCCCUGGAAGCCGCCUCACUCUCCUUAAAUGGAAAGGAGCACAGCACAGAGGGAAACAGAUGAGGUCAUGGCUCGGCUGGCCCAGCGAGGAAGGGGCCGCAGUGGGGGUGGCACUGCCGCCUGUCCCCUGUCCUCUCCAGCGCCCACACUGCAGCCCAUUUCCUCACCCUGGGCCUGCUCUCGGGAGGGACGGGCCUGGGGGUCCUCUUGCUGGGCGGAGGGGAACCGGCUCCUCCAGGAGAGGACGGGGCCUGGCAGGGGGCACGGGGCCUCCCUGGGUCUGGCGUCCUGUCCUGCCCCUGCCGAGGGAGGAGCGGUUACAUAAGCUCCGCAGGCGGCCCCUCCGAGCCGGUCCCCCCAGCCCAGUUUCCAGUGAGGCGGCCAGCGCGGGCGGGGGUGCCGGGCCUGGCGCACGCCCGCCACUGACCACACGCGUCUGGAAUGUGCAGAUGUUUCUUUGGGGGCUCUGUCCGGCCCCCAGACCCCACUCAGCAUCUGGUCUGGGGAGUGGGCACCUGGGGCACUCAGCUCUGAGUGUGAGGCUCUGAGGCAGGUCUGGUUUGUCUGGGGCCAUUCCCUCUGCUGUGGAUUGGGAGGGCCCCGGGAGCUGCCCCACACCCAGGGAAGUUCUCCUCAGUCCCACUGUUGCAUGCCCCGACCCCGGCUCCCCCGGCCCAGAAGCGCCUGUGGGGCAGAAGGCCCAGCCCCAAGACUUCCCGGCCCUGCCAGCCUCAGGCUUCACCCACCCUCGCACCAACUGUGGGCAGAGCCCAGGGGGAGGGCAGGAGAGCCAGCACCUGGCUGGGAACACCCCUGAAGGGCCGAGGCUCCAGGGCGAGGGGGCCCGACCUGGGGUUCACACGCCCGGGUGGCGGGCAGACCCGCUGCAGCAUGAGACACGUGUCAGCUACCUCGGGCCGGCAGGCUGGCCCUGCUGCCCACAGCCCUGGGACGUGGCCCCACCUGUGACAGGGGUGUGGAGGGGCAGCCUCCAGGCCUGGCCACACCCUCUGCUGUUGCUGCUCCUGCUGCAGGAUUGGCAAGGGUGCUGGGAAGGGGUGAAGACCCGUACUGUGGCCACACACCUGGGACUUCCUUCUCCACCCAGUGGUGCCCCAGCAGCCGCUAAGGAGCCCGCUGGGUCCCACGCUAGGAUGGUCCUAACUCCUCCUGCCUUCCAGAUCGGACGGUCGGCGCUGGGGGCCCCUUGUGUCCCAGGGCUGGGGCACCGUCCUGCCCCCCAUGGGGGUGUACUCCUCCCGACAAGCUUGGCUUCAGCUUCCCUGGGAGCGCAUCCUGGCCCUCGGGCACCCAUCAGGCUGUCCCUGUGCACCUGGCUCCCACCCUUCCAGCUCAUAGCAGGAACUGGGGUGAGGAGUGCGUGGGGCAGCAAGGGCCUGGGACCCCAGAGGACCCUGCACUCUGCUCUGUGCUCUUGCCUGGGCUUAGGGCCGCUCGGUGGUCCUGCUGCCAGAUGCCUGGGCCCUGCUGUGUCCCCCAUCCUUGCAGGGAACCAGAACGUGGGGGCAGGGCAUCAGACAGCGGCGAUGAUGUCACCUGGCGGGUGCGGAGGAAGCCCGAGGGGCGGGGUGGGGGGGCUGGCGCGAGGCUGCCUGGCUAGGCCUUGGCGUUCCCCCAGAACGGCGAUGGCAAAAGCAGAUGGAGACGUGGAAAAGUACGAGAGCAAGUGGGGUGAGGACUCCACGGGGACCCCUGUGCUGGUCCCUGUCCCUGAAGCCCACACCUGAGUCCUGCCCAGGGCAGAUGCUUCCACACCCAGGGGGCACCUGAGUCCUACCCAGGGCAGACGCUUCCACACCCUGGGGCCUGGGGGACUGCACCUGGCUCCUGUCUGGGCCCCAGCUUCAUUCCACUACACUGGGCCCUGGGAGCUCGGCUGAGCGGGGUCCCCAAGACCUUGCUGCAUUUCUGGGCCUUGGGCUGGGGUGAGGGCCGGGAGAAGGAGCCAGCCUGGAGCCUGGCACGCAGGGAGUGCAUGGCCAGAACCGGUGACAGGCGGGGCUGCCUGCUGGCGUGGAAGAAGUGUCCAUGGCACCCCCAGGCCUGGUUCACAGUGGGAUGGGCGGGGAGCGGGGGGGCUCUGGGGUCCUCGGCUGACCUGCCCCCACCCCUGCCCUGGCUUGUCAGCUCCCAGCAGCAGCCACUCGAUGGAUUUUCCAGAAAAUGAGGUGUGGCCAAACAUCUUCAGACUUUUCCUUCUUUCCUUUCUCCCGUGGCCUGGGUGGGAGCUGCUCCCCAUGCCUGGGGGCAGGUUCGAGAGCCUGUGCCCCUCCCCGGGGCAGUUUCACAGCUGUGUCCCUUCCAGGGGGCCUGCCUGUGUUCACCGUGGCCUCUGCAGCACCUCUCGCCCCUUAGGGCUGCUGCGCCUCGGGUCCCGGUGCCUCAUUCUCCCUAAAGCAUUGGUUCUGCUGCCGCCGCAGCCGCUGGAAAGUCCCUCCUCAGGUCUAACUGCAGUUCCUCACGGCACAGUGUUCCCCCUCGGGCAUGGUGCUUGGGCAGCGGGUGUGAGUCCAGCUGCCUCACCCUGUCCCGAGAAUGGCCACUUGCUGGUCUCCCAGCCGCCACCCUGUCCCACUCCACGGCGGGGAUGGUGUGGAUGCCUAGCAGCGCGGCUGUGGGCCCACCCAUCCUUAUGGGCAGUGGGGAGCACCUCAGCCCGUGUCCCUACCUUGGUGUAGAGGAGGGGACGGCAGAGAAGCAGGAUUCAGUUGGGGGGAAGCGGUGGCCCUGCCGGAGGGGCCGUUCCCUGUGUGUCUGGCCCCCAGAUCCUCUCCCCUCCCGGAGCCCAGGGCACUGGCAUAGGCUCUCUGAGUGUCCCGCAGCCCCUGGGGGAAGGGAACUGCACCCCCAACCGUGCCCUCCAUCCGCAGAUGGAACGAGAAGCUCCGGGAGCCAGUGCCCAGCGUCUCAUCUGUCUGGGCGCCCAGCCCAGAGACGUCUCCCACAACCUGCUCCGGGCGCUGGAUGUUGGGCUCCUGGCGAACCUCUCGGCGCUGGCAGAGCUGGAUAUAAGCAACAACAAGAUUUCUACAUUAGAAGAAGGAAUAUUUGCUAAUUUAUUUAAUUUAAGUGAAAUAAACCUGAGUGGGAACCCGUUUGAGUGUGACUGUGGCCUGGCGUGGCUGCCGCGAUGGGCGGAGGAGCAGCAGGUGCGGGUGGUGCAGCCCGAGGCAGCCACGUGUGCUGGGCCUGGCUCCCUGGCUGGCCAGCCUCUGCUUGGCAUCCCCUUGCUGGACAGUGGCUGUGGUGAGGAGUAUGUCGCCUGCCUCCCUGACAACAGCUCAGGCACCGUGGCAGCAGUGUCCUUUUCAGCUGCCCACGAAGGCCUGCUUCAGCCAGAGGCCUGCAGCGCCUUCUGCUUCUCCACCGGCCAGGGCCUCGCAGCCCUCUCGGAGCAGGGCUGGUGCUUGUGUGGGGCGGCCCAGCCCUCCAGUGCCUCCUUCGCCUGCCUGUCCCUCUGCUCCGGCCCCCCGCCGCCUCCUGCCCCCACCUGUAGGGGCCCCACCCUCCUCCAGCACGUCUUCCCUGCCUCCCCAGGGGCCGCCCUGGUGGGGCCCCACGGACCCCUGGCCUCUGGCCAGCUAGCAGCCUUCCACAUCGCUGCCCCGCUCCCUGUCACUGCCACACGCUGGGACUUCGGAGAUGGCUCCGCCGAGGUGGAUGCCGCUGGGCCGGCUGCCUCGCAUCGCUAUGUGCUGCCUGGGCGCUAUCACGUGACGGCCGUGCUGGCCCUGGGGGCCAGCUCAGCCCUGCUGGGGACAGACGUGCAGGUGGAAGCGGCACCUGCCGCCCUGGAGCUUGUGUGCCCGUCCUCGGUGCAGAGUGACGAGAGCCUCGACCUCAGCAUCCAGAACCGCGGUGGUUCAGGCCUGGAGGCCGCCUACAGCAUCGUGGCCCUGGGCGAGGAGCCGGCCCGAGCGGUGCACCCGCUCUGCCCCUCGGACACGGAGAUCUUCCCUGGCAACGGGCACUGCUACCGCCUGGUGGUGGAGAAGGCGGCCUGGCUGCAGGCGCAGGAGCAGUGUCGGGCCUGGGCCGGGGCCGCCCUGGCAAUGGUGGACAGUCCCGCCGUGCAGCGCUUCCUGGUCUCCCGGGUCACCAGGAGCCUAGACGUGUGGAUCGGCUUCUCGACUGUGCAGGGGGUGGAGGUGGGCCCGGCACCGCAGGGCGAGGCCUUCAGCCUGGAGAGCUGCCAGAACUGGCUGCCUGGGGAGCCACACCCAGCCACAGCCGAGCACUGCGUCCGGCUCGGGCCCACCGGGUGGUGUAACACCGACCUGUGCUCAGCGCCGCACAGCUACGUCUGCGAGCUGCGGCCCGGAGGCCCAGUGCAGGAUGCCGAGAACCUCCUCGUGGGAGCGCCCAGUGGGGACCCGCAGGGACCCCUGAUGCCUCUGGCACAGCAGGACAGCCUCUCAGCCCCGCACGAGCCCGUGGAGGUCAUGGUAUUCCCGGGCCUGCGUCUGAGCCGUGAAGCCUUCCUCACCACGGCCGAAUUUGGGACCCAGGAGCUCCGGCGGCCCGCCCAGCUGCGGCUGCAGGUGUACCGGCUCCUCAGCACAGCAGGGACCCCGGAGAACGGCAGCGAGCCUGAGAGCAGGUCCCCGGACAACAGGACCCAGCUGGCCCCCGCGUGCAUGCCAGGGGGACGCUGGUGCCCUGGAGCCAACAUCUGCUUGCCGCUGGACGCCUCCUGCCACCCCGAGGCCUGCGCCAAUGGCUGCACGUCAGGGCCAGGGCUACCCGGGGCCCCCUAUGCGCUAUGGAGAGAGUUCCUCUUCUCCGUUCCCGCGGGGCCCCCCGCGCAGUACUCGGUCACCCUCCACGGCCAGGAUGUCCUCAUGCUCCCUGGUGACCUCGUUGGCUUGCAGCACGACGCUGGCCCUGGCGCCCUCCUGCACUGCUCGCCGGCUCCCGGCCACCCUGGUCCCCAGUCCCCGUACCUCUCCGCCAACGCCUCGUCAUGGCUGCCCCACUUGCCAGCCCAGCUGGAGGGCACUUGGGCCUGCCCUGCCUGUGCCCUGCGGCUGCUUGCAGCCACAGAACAGCUCACCGUGCUGCUGGGCCUGAGGCCCAACCCUGGGCUGCGGCUGCCUGGGCGCUAUGAGGUCCGGGCAGAGGUGGGCAAUGGCGUGUCCAGGCACAACCUGUCCUGCAGCUUUGACGUGGUCUCCCCAGUGGCUGGGCUGCGGGUCAUCUACCCUGCCCCCCGCGACGGCCGCCUCUACGUGCCCACCAACGGCUCAGCCUUGGUGCUCCAGGUGGACUCUGGUGCCAACGCCACGGCCACAGCUCGCUGGCCUGGGGGCAAUGUCAGCGCCCGCUUUGAGAAUGCCUGCCCUGCCUUGGUGGCCACCUUCGUGCCCGGCUGCCCCUGGGAGACCAAUGAUACCCUGUUCUCAGUGGUAGCACUGCCGUGGCUCAGUGAGGGGGAGCACGUGGUGGAUGUUGUGGUGGAAAACAGCGCCAGCCGGGCCAACCUCAGCCUGCAGGUGACGGCGGAGGAGCCCAUCUGUGGCCUCCGCGCCACGCCCAGCCCCGAGGCCCGUGUACUGCAGGGAGUCCUAGUGAGGUACAGCCCCGUGGUGGAGGCCGGCUCGGACAUGGUCUUCCGGUGGACCAUCAACGACAAGCAGUCCCUGACCUUCCAGAACGUGGUCUUCAAUGUCAUUUAUCAGAGCGCGGCGGUCUUCAAGCUCUCACUGACGGCCUCCAACCACGUGAGCAACGUCACCGUGAACUACAACGUCACCGUGGAGCGGAUGAACAGGAUGCAGGGCCUGCGGGUCUCCACAGUGCCGGCCGUGCUGUCCCCCAAUGCCACGCUGGCACUGACGGCGGGCGUGCUGGUGGACUCGGCCGUGGAGGUGGCCUUCCUGUGGACCUUUGGGGAUGGGGAGCAGGCUCUCCACCAGUUCCAGCCUCCGUACAACGAGUCCUUCCCGGUUCCAGACCCCUCGGUGGCCCAGGUGCUGGUGGAGCACAAUGUCACGCACACCUACGCUGCCCCAGGUGAGUACGUCCUGACCGUGCUGGCAUCUAAUGCCUUCGAGAACCUGACGCAGCAGGUGUCUGUGAGCGUGCGCGCCUCCCUGCCCUCCGUGGCUGUGGGUGUGAGUGACAGCGUCCUGGUGGCCGGCCGGCCCGUCACCUUCUACCCGCACCCGCUGCCCUCGCCUGGGGGUGUUCUUUACACGUGGGACUUCGGGGACGGCUCCCCUGUCCUGACCCAGAGCCAGCCGGCUGCCAACCACACCUAUGCCUCGAGGGGCACCUACCACGUGCGCCUGGAGGUCAACAACACGGUGAGCGGUGCGGCGGCCCAGGCAGAUGUGCGCGUCUUUGAGGAGCUCCGUGGGCUCAGCGUGGACAUGAGCCUGGCCGUGGAGCAGGGCGCCCCCGUGGUGGUCAGCGCCGCGGUGCAGACGGGCGACAACAUCACGUGGACCUUCGACAUGGGGGACGGCACCGUGCUGUCGGGCCCGGAGGCCACAGUGGAGCAUGUGUACCUGCGGGCACAGAACUGCACAGUGACCGUGGGUGCGGCCAGCCCCGCCGGCCACCUGGCCCAGAGCCUGCACGUGCUGGUCUUCGUCCUGGAGGUGCUGCGCGUCGAGCCUGCCGCCUGCAUCCCCACGCAGCCUGACACGCGGCUCACGGCCUAUGUCACCGGGAACCCGGCCCACUACCUCUUCGACUGGACCUUUGGGGAUGGCUCCUCCAACACGACCGUGCGGGGGUGCCCGACGGUGACACACAACUUCACGCGGAGCGGCACGUUCCCCCUGGCGCUGGUGCUGUCCAGCCGCGUGAACAGGGCGCAUUACUUCACCAGCAUCUGCGUGGAGCCAGAGGUGGGCAACGUCACCCUGCAGCCAGAGAGGCAGUUUGUGCAGCUCGGGGACGAGGCCCGGCUGGUGGCAUGUUCCUGGCCCCCGUUCCCCUACCGCUACACCUGGGACUUUGGCACCGAGGAAGCCGCCCCCGCCCGUGCCGGGGGCCCUGAGGUGACGUUCAUCUACCGAGACCCAGGCUCCUAUCUUGUGACAGUCACCGCGUCCAACAACAUCUCCGCUGCCAAUGACUCAGCCCUGGUGGAGGUGCAGGAGCCCGUGCUGGUCACCAGCAUCAAGGUCAAUGGCUCCCUUGGGCUGGAGCUGCAGCAGCCGUACCUGUUCUCUGCUGUGGGCCGUGGGCGCCCCGCCAGCUACGUGUGGGAUCUGGGGGACGGUGGGCGGCUCGAGGGUCCGGAGGUCACCCACGCUUACAACAGCACAGGUGACUUCACCGUUAGGGUGGCCGGCUGGAAUGAGGUGAGCCGCAGCGAGGCCUGGCUCAAUGUGACGGUGAAGCGGCGCGUGCGGGGGCUCGUCGUCAAUGCCAGCCGCACGGUGGUGCCCCUGAAUGGGAGCGUGAGCUUCAGCACCUCGCUGGAGGCCGGCAGUGAUGUGCGCUAUUCCUGGGUGCUCUGUGACCGCUGCACGCCCAUCCCUGGGGGUCCUACCAUCUCUUACACCUUCCGCUCCGUGGGCACCUUCAAUAUCAUCGUCACGGCUGAGAACGAGGUGGGCUCCGCCCAGGACAGCAUCUUCGUCUAUGUCCUGCAGCUCAUAGAGGGGCUGCAGGUGGUGGGCGGUGGCCGCUACUUCCCCACCAACCACACGGUACAGCUGCAGGCCGUGGUCAGGGAUGGCACCAAUGUCUCCUACAGCUGGACUGCCUGGAGGGACAGGGGCCCGGCCCUGGCCGGCAGCGGCAAAGGCUUCUCGCUCACCGCGCUCGAGGCCGGCACCUACCAUGUGCAGCUGCGGGCCACCAACAUGCUGGGCAGCGCCUGGGCCGACUGCACCGUGGACUUCGUGGAGCCUGUGGGGUGGCUGAUGGUGGCCGCCUCCCCGAACCCAGCUGCCGUCAACACAAGCGUCACCCUCAGUGCCGAGCUGGCUGGUGGCAGUGGUGUCGUAUAUACUUGGUCCUUGGAGGAGGGGCUGAGCUGGGAGACCCCCGAGCCAUUUACCACCCACAGCUUCCCCACACCCGGCCUGCACUUGGUCACCAUGACGGCAGGGAACCCGCUGGGCUCAGCCAACACCACCGUGGAAGUGGAUGUGCAGGUGCCUGUGAGUGGCCUCAGCAUCAGGGCCAGCGAGCCGGGAGGCAACUUCGUGGCGGCCGGGUCCUCUGUGCCCUUUUGGGGGCAGCUGGCCACGGGCACCAAUGUGAGCUGGUGCUGGGCUGUGCCCGGCGGCAGCAGCAAGCGUGGCCCUCAUGUCACCAUGGUCUUCCCGGAUGCUGGCACCUUCUCCAUCCGGCUCAAUGCCUCCAACGCAGUCAGCUGGGUCUCAGCCACUUACAACCUCACGGUGGAGGAGCCCAUCGUGGGCCUGGUGCUGUGGGCCAGCAGCAAGGUGGUGGCACCCGGGCAGCUGGUCCAUUUUCAGAUCCUGCUGGCUGCCGGCUCAGCUGUCACCUUCCGCCUGCAGGUCGGCGGGGCCAGCCCCGAGGUGCUCCCCGGGCCCCGUUUCUCCCACAGCUUCCCCCGCGUCGGAGACCACGUGGUGAGCGUGCAGGGCAAAAACCACGUGAGCUGGGCCCAGGCGCAGGUGCGCAUCGUGGUGCUGGAGGCCGUGAGCGGGCUGCAGGUGCCCAACUGCUGCGAGCCUGGCAUCGCCACGGGCACUGAGAGGAACUUCACAGCCCGCGUGCAGCGCGGCUCUCGGGUCGCCUAUGCCUGGUACUUCUCGCUGCAGAAGGUCCAGGGUGACUCGCUGGUCAUCCUGUCGGGCCGCGACGUCACCUACACGCCCGUGGCCGCGGGGCUGUUGGAGAUCCAGGUGCGCGCCUUCAAUGCCCUGGGCAGUGAGAACCGCACGCUGGUGCUGGAGGUUCAGGACGCUGUCCAGUAUGUGGCCCUGCAGAGCGGCCCCUGCUUCACCAACCGCUCGGCACAGUUUGAGGCCGCCACCAGCCCCAGCCCCCGGCGCGUGGCCUACCACUGGGACUUUGGGGAUGGGUCGCCAGGGCAGGACACAGAUGAGCCCAGGGCCGAGCACUCCUACCUGAGGCCUGGGGACUACCGCGUGCAGGUGAAUGCCUCCAACCUGGUGAGCUUCUUCGUGGCGCAGGCCACGGUGACUGUCCAGGUGCUGGCCUGCCGGGAGCCGGAGGUGGACGUGGUCCUGCCCCUGCAGGUGCUGAUGCGGCGAUCACAGCGCAACUACCUGGAGGCCCACGUUGACCUGCGCGACUGCGUCACCUACCAGACUGAGUACCGCUGGGAGGUGUACCGCACUGCCAGCUGCCAGCGGCCGGGGCGCCCGGCGCGUGUGGCCCUGCCCGGCGUGGACGUGAGCCGGCCUCAGCUGGUGCUGCCGCGGCUGGCGCUGCCUGUGGGGCACUACUGCUUUGUAUUUGUCGUGUCAUUUGGGGACACGCCACUGGCACGGAGCAUCCAGGCCAAUGUGACGGUGGCCCCCGAGCGCCUGGUGCCCAUCAUUGAGGGUGGCUCAUACCGCGUGUGGUCAGACACACAGGACCUGGUGCUGGAUGGGAGCGAGUCCUACGACCCCAACCUGGAGGACGGCGACCAGACGCCGCUCAGUUUCCACUGGGCCUGUGUGGCUUCGACACAGAGGGAGGCUGGCGGGUGUGCGCUGAACUUUGGGCCCCGCGGGAGCAGCACGGUCACCAUUCCACGGGAGCGGCUGGCGGCUGGCGUGGAGUACACCUUCAGCCUGACCGUGUGGAAGGCCGGCCGCAAGGAGGAGGCCACCAACCAGACGGUGCUGAUCCGGAGUGGCCGGGUGCCCAUUGUGUCCUUGGAGUGUGUGUCCUGCAAGGCACAGGCCGUGUACGAAGUGAGCCGCAGCUCCUACGUGUACCUGGAGGGCCGCUGCCUCAAUUGCAGCAGUGGCUCCAAGCGAGGGCGGUGGGCUGCACGUACGUUCAGCAACAAGACGCUGGUGCUGGAUGAGACCACCACGUCCACGGGCAGCGCAGGCAUGCGACUGGUGCUGCGGCGGGGCGUGCUGCGGGACGGCGAGGGAUACACCUUCACGCUCACGGUGCUGGGCCGCUCUGGCGAGGAGGAGGGCUGCGCCUCCAUCCGCCUGUCCCCCAACCGCCCGCCGCUGGGGGGCUCUUGCCGCCUCUUCCCACUGGGCGCUGUGCACGCCCUCACUACCAAGGUGCACUUCGAAUGCACGGGUUGGCAUGACGCGGAGGAUGCUGGCGCCCCGCUGGUGUACGCCCUGCUGCUGCGGCGCUGUCGCCAGGGCCACUGCGAGGAGUUCUGUGUCUACAAGGGCAGCCUCUCCGGCUACGGAGCUGUGCUGCCCCCGGGUUUCAGGCCACACUUCGAGGUGGGCCUGGCCGUGGUGGUGCAGGACCAGCUGGGAGCCGCUGUGGUCGCCCUCAACAGGUCUCUGGCCAUCACCCUCCCAGAGCCUAACGGCAGUGCAACGGGGCUCACAGUCUGGCUGCACGGGCUCACCGCUAGUGUGCUCCCGGGGCUGCUGCGGCAGGCCGAUCCCCAGCACGUCAUCGAGUACUCGCUGGCCCUGGUCACCGUGCUGAACGAGUACGAGCAGGCCCUGGACGUGGCGGCAGAGCCCAAGCACGAGCGGCAGCGCCGAGCCCAGAUACGCAAGAACAUCACGGAGACUCUGGUGUCCCUGCGGGUCCACACUGUGGAUGACAUCCAGCAGAUCGCUGCUGCGCUGGCCCAGUGCAUGGGGCCCAGCAGGGAGCUCGUAUGCCGCUCAUGCCUGAAGCAGACGCUGCACAAGCUGGAGGCCAUGAUGCGCAUCCUGCAGGCAGAGACCACCGCGGGCACCGUGACGCCCACCGCCAUCGGAGACAGCAUCCUCAACAUCACAGGAGACCUCAUCCACCUGGCCAGCUCGGACGUGCGGGCACCACAGCCCUCAGAGCUGGGAGCCGAGUCACCAUCGCGGAUGGUGGCGUCCCAGGCCUACAACCUGACCUCUGCCCUCAUGCGCAUCCUCAUGCGCUCCCGCGUGCUCAACGAGGAGCCCCUGAUGCUGGCGGGCGAGGAGAUCGUGGCCCAGGGCAAGCGCUCGGACCCGCGGAGCCUGCUGUGCUAUGGCGGCGCCCCAGGGCCUGGCUGCCACUUCUCCAUCCCCGAGGCUUUCAGCGGGGCCCUGGCCAACCUCAGUGACGUGGUGCAGCUCAUCUUUCUGGUGGACUCCAAUCCCUUUCCCUUUGGCUAUAUCAGCAACUACACCGUCUCCACCAAGGUGGCCUCGAUGGCAUUCCAGACACAGGCCGGCGCCCAGAUCCCCAUCGAGCGGCUGGCCUCAGAGCGCGCCAUCACCGUGAAGGUGCCCAACAACUCGGACUUGGCUGCCCGGGGCCACCGCAGCUCCGCCAACUCCGUUGUGGUCCAGCCCCAGGCCUCCGUCGGUGCUGUGGUCACCCUGGACAGCAGCAACCCUGCGGCCGGGCUGCAUCUGCAGCUCAACUAUACGCUGCUGGACGGCCGCUACCUGUCUGAGGAACCCGAGCCCUACCUGGCAGUCUACCUGCACUCGGAGCCCCGGCCCAAUGAGCACAACUGCUCGGCUAGCAGGAGGAUCCGCCCAGAGUCACUCCAGGGUGCCGACCACCGGCCCUACACCUUCUUCAUUUCCCCGGGGAGCAGAGACCCAGCGGGGAGUUACCAUCUGAACCUCUCCAGCCACUUCCGCUGGUCAGUGCUGGAGGUGUCCGUGGGCCUGUACACGUCCCUGUGUCAGUACUUCAGCGAGGAGGACAUGGUGUGGAGGACAGAGGGGCUGCUGCCCCUGGAGGAGACCUCGCCCCGCCAGGCCGUCUGCCUCACCCGCCACCUCACCGCCUUCGGCGCCAGCCUCUUCGUGCCCCCAAGCCAUGUCCGCUUUGUCUUUCCGGAGCCGACAGCGGAUGUAAACUACAUCGUCAUGCUGACAUGUGCUGUGUGCCUGGUGACCUACAUGGUCAUGGCCGCCAUCCUGCACAAGCUGGACCAGUUGGAUGCCAGCCGAGGCCGCGCCAUCCCCUUCUGUGGGCAGCGGGGCCGCUUCAAGUACGAGAUCCUCGUCAAGACAGGCUGGGGCCGGGGCUCAGGUACCACGGCCCACGUGGGCAUCAUGCUGUAUGGGGUGGACAGCCGGAGUGGCCACCGGCACCUGGACGGCGACAGAGCCUUCCACCGCAACAGCCUGGACAUCUUCCGGAUCGCCACCCCGCAUAGCCUGGGUAGCGUGUGGAAGAUCCGAGUGUGGCACGACAACAAAGGGCUCAGCCCUGCCUGGUUCCUGCAGCACAUCAUCGUCAGGGACCUGCAGACGGCACGCAGCGCCUUCUUCCUGGUCAAUGACUGGCUUUCGGUGGAGACGGAGGCCAACGGGGGCCUGGUGGAGAAGGAGGUGCUGGCCGCGAGCGACGCAGCCCUGUUGCGCUUCCGGCGCCUGCUGGUGGCUGAGCUGCAGCGCGGCUUCUUUGACAAGCACAUCUGGCUCUCCAUAUGGGACCGGCCGCCUCGUAGCCGUUUCACUCGCAUCCAGAGGGCCACCUGCUGCGUUCUCCUCAUCUGCCUCUUCCUGGGCGCCAACGCCGUGUGGUACGGGGCUGUUGGCGACUCUGCCUACAGCACGGGGCGUGUGUCCAGGCUGAGCCCGCUGAGCGUCGACACAGUCGCUGUUGGCCUGGUGUCCAGCGUGGUUGUCUAUCCCGUCUACCUGGCCAUCCUCUUUCUCUUCCGGAUGUCCCGGAGCAAGGUGGCUGGGAGCCCGAGCCCCACACCUGCCGGGCAGCAGGUGCUGGACAUCGACAGCUGCCUGGACUCGUCCGUGCUGGACAGCUCCUUCCUCACGUUCUCAGGCCUCCACGCUGAGCAGGCCUUUGCUGGACAGAUGAAGAGUGACUUGUUUCUGGAUGAUUCUAAGAGUCUGGUGUGCUGGCCCUCCAGCGAGGGAACGCUCAGUUGGCCGGACCUGCUCAGUGACCCGUCCAUUGUGGGUAGCAAUCUGCGGCAGCUGGCACGGGGCCAGGCGGGCCAUGGGCUGGGCCCAGAGGAGGACGGCUUCUCCCUGGCCAGCCCCUACUCGCCUGCCAAAUCCUUCUCAGCAUCAGAUGAAGACCUGAUCCAGCAGGUCCUUGCUGAGGGGGUCAGCAGCCCAGCCCCUACCCAAGACACCCACAUGGAAACGGACCUGCUCAGCAGCCUGUCCAGCACUCCUGGGGAGAAGACAGAGACGCUGGCGCUGCAGAGGCUGAGGGAGCUGGGGCCACCCAGCCCAGGCCUGAACUGGGAACAGCCCCAGGCAGCGAGGCUGUCCAGGACAGGAUUGGUGGAGGGUCUGCGGAAGCGCCUGCUGCCGGCCUGGUGUGCCUCCCUGGCCCACGGGCUCAGCCUGCUCCUGGUGGCUGUGGCUGUGGCUGUCUCAGGGUGGGUGGGUGCGAGCUUCCCCCCGGGCAUGAGUGUUGCGUGGCUCCUGUCCAGCAGCGCCAGCUUCCUGGCCUCAUUCCUCGGCUGGGAGCCACUGAAGGUCUUGCUGGAAGCCCUGUACUUCUCACUGGUGGCCAAGCGGCUGUACCCGGAUGAAGAUGACACCCUGGUGGAGAGCCCGGCUGUGACACCUGUGAGCGCACGUGUGCCCCGCGUACGGCCCCCCCACGGCUUUGCACUCUUCCUGGCCAAGGAAGAAGCCCGCAAGGUCAAGAGGCUACAUGGCAUGCUGCGGAGCCUCCUGGUGUACAUGCUUUUUCUGCUGGUGACCCUGCUGGCCAGCUAUGGGGAUGCCUCAUGCCAUGGGCACGCCUACCGUCUGCAAAGCGCCAUCAAGCAGGAGCUGCACAGCCGGGCCUUCCUGGCCAUCACGCGGUCUGAGGAGCUCUGGCCAUGGAUGGCCCACGUGCUGCUGCCCUACGUCCACGGGAACCAGUCCAGCCCAGAGCUGGGGCCCCCACGGCUGCGGCAGGUGCGGCUGCAGGAAGCACUCUACCCAGACCCUCCCGGCCCCAGGGUCCACACGUGCUCGGCCGCAGGAGGCUUCAGCACCAGCGAUUACGAUGUUGGCUGGGAGAGUCCUCACAAUGGCUCGGGGACAUGGGCCUAUUCUGCGCCGGAUCUGCUGGGGGCAUGGUCCUGGGGCUCCUGUGCCGUGUAUGACAGCGGCGGCUACGUGCAGGAGCUGGGCCUGAGCCUGGAGGAGAGCCGCGACCGGCUGCGCUUCCUGCAGCUGCACAACUGGCUGGACAACAGGAGCCGCGCUGUGUUCGUGGAGCUCACGCGCUACAGCCCGGCCGUGGGGCUGCACGCCGCCGUCACGCUGCGCCUCGAGUUCCCGGCGGCCGGCCGCGCCCUGGCCGCCCUCAGCGUCCGCCCCUUUGCGCUGCGCCGCCUCAGCGCGGGCCUCUCGCUGCCUCUGCUCACCUCGGUGUGCCUGCUGCUGUUCGCCCUGCACUUCGCCGUGGCCGAGGCCCGUACUUGGCACAGGGAAGGGCGCUGGCGCGUGCUGCGGCUCGGAGCCUGGGCGCGGUGGCUGCUGGUGGCGCUGACGGCGGCCACGGCACUGGUACGCCUCGCCCAGCUGGGUGCCGCCGACCGCCAGUGGACCCGUUUCGUACGCGGCCGCCCGCGCCGCUUCACUAGCUUCGACCAGGUGGCGCAGCUGAGCUCCGCAGCCCGUGGCCUGGCGGCCUCGCUGCUCUUCCUGCUUUUGGUCAAGGCUGCCCAGCAGCUACGCUUUGUGCGCCAGUGGUCCGUCUUUGGCAAGACAUUAUGCCGAGCUCUGCCAGAGCUCCUGGGGGUCACCUUGGGCCUGGUGGUGCUCGGGGUAGCCUACGCCCAGCUGGCCGUCCUGCUCGUGUCUUCCUGUGUGGACUCCCUCUGGAGCGUGGCCCAGGCCCUGUUGGUGCUGUGCCCUGGGACCGGGCUCUCUACCCUGUGUCCUGCCGAGUCCUGGCACCUGUCACCCCUGCUGUGUGUGGGGCUCUGGGCGCUGCGGCUGUGGGGCGCCCUACGGCUGGGGGCCGUUAUUCUCCGCUGGCGCUACCACGCCUUGCGUGGAGAGCUGUACCGGCCGGCCUGGGAGCCCCAGGACUAUGAGAUGGUGGAGUUGUUCCUGCGCAGGCUGCGCCUCUGGAUGGGCCUCAGCAAGGUCAAGGAGUUCCGCCACAAAGUCCGCUUUGAAGGGAUGGAGCCGCUGCCCUCUCGCUCCUCCAGGGGCUCCAAGGUAUCCCCGGAUGUGCCCCCACCCAGCGCUGGCUCCGAUGCCUCGCACCCCUCCACCUCCUCCAGCCAGCUGGAUGGGCUGAGCGUGAGCCUGGGCCGGCUGGGGACAAGGUGUGAGCCCGAGCCCUCCCGCCUCCAAGCCGUGUUCGAGGCCCUGCUCACCCAGUUUGACCGACUCAACCAGGCCACAGAGGACGUCUACCAGCUGGAGCAGCAGCUGCACAGCCUGCAAGGCCGCAGGAGCAGCCGGGCCCCCGCUGGAUCUUCCCGUGGCCCAUCCCCGGGCCUGCGGCCAGCACUGCCCAGCCGCCUUGCCCGGGCCAGUCGGGGUGUGGACCUGGCCACUGGCCCCAGCAGGACACCCCUGCGGGCCAAGAACAAGGUCCACCCCAGCAGCACUUAGUCCCCCUUCCUGGCGGGGGUGGGCCGUGGAGUCGGAGUGGACACCGCUCAGUAUUACUUUCUGCCGCUGUCAAGGCCGAGGGCCAGGCAGAAUGGCUGCACGUAGGUUCCCCAGAGAGCAGGCAGGGGCGUCUGUCUGUCUGUGGGCUUCAGCACUUUAAAGAAGCUGUGUGGCCAGCCAGGACCCAGGGUCCCCUCCCCAGCUCCCUUGGGAAGGACACAGCAGUAUUGGACCGUUUCUAGCCUCUGAGAUGCUAAUUUAUUUCCCCGAGUCCUCAGGUACAGCGGGCUGUGCCCGGCCCCACCCCCUGGGCAGAUGUCCCCCACUGCUAAGGCUGCUGGCUUCAGGGAGGGUUAGCCUGCACCGCCGCCACCCUGCCCCUAAGUUAUUACCUCUCCCGUUCCUACCGUACUCCCCGCACCGUCUGUGUGUCUCGUGUCAGUAAUUUAUAUGGUGUUAAAAUGUGUAUAUUUUUGUAUGUCACUAUUUUCACUAGGGCUGAGGGGCCUGCGCCCAGAGCUGGCCUCCCCCAACACCUGCUGCGCUUGGUAGGUGUGGCGGGGUUACGGCAGCCCGGCUGCUGCUUGGAUGUGAGCGUGGCCUUGGGCCGGUGCUGGGGGCACAGCUGUCUGCCAGGCACUCUCAUCACCCCAGAGGCCUUGUCAUCCUCCCUUGCCCCAGGCCAGGUAGCAAGAGAGCAGCGCCCAGGCCUGCUGGCAUCAGGUCUGGGCGAGUAGCAGGACUAGGCAUGUCAGAGGACCCCCGGGUGGUUAGAGGAAAAGACUCCUCCUGGGGGCUGGCUCCCAGGGUGGAGGAAGGUGACUGUGUGUGUGUGUGUGCGCACGCGCGCGUGUGCUGUAUGGCCCAGGCAGCCUCAAGGCCCUCGGAGCUGGCUGCGCCUGCUUCCGUGUACCACUUCUGUGGGCAUGGCCGCUUCUAGAGCCUCGACACCCCCCCAACCCCCGCACCAAGCAGACAAAGUCAAUAAAAGAGCUGUCUGACUGCAA